AAACUGAAGUCAAAUGACCAAUUCUACGAAAUUACUACCGUAAAUAACAAAACUGAGCUACUAGACCAAACAACUAUUAAUAAAUGCCAUGAUGCUAUUUUAGAAACGAAUUUAGUAGACCUCCCUUCUAAUCAUCCUCUUAAAUCAUGGCAUGCCAUUAAAUAUUUAAUUCCUCUACAUACUUAUGUACGAGCUAAGGAAGACUUUGAUAUGCUUUUUAAUUUUAAUUUUAAUUUCAACCCUUCCGAAGGAGUUGAAAGUUGGAUAGAUAAUAUUUGGGAUAAUGGAAUUGAAGAAAUAACACGACCAGAGUUGAAGAGAGUCAAUGAACGUUUUUUUAAGAAUAGUGUCGAGGAACUGUAA